ACGCAACGACACAAGAGGGCGCUAUAUAACAUUAGUGGUUCGCUCUUCAUGGGGGAAACCCCUUCGCACAUGAGUAAUUUGAGCAAUUAGAGCAAUUACUCUUCUUGCAAAGUCAAAGAUUUCAGGAGACAUGAUGGCUCCGUCGAUUUGGCCAGUAGUUUCUGCCAUCUCCCUCGGCGUUGGGGGAGUCUUCGGUUCUUUGUAUGAAAGAUCCAAACAACAUGCUGCAAACAAUCUAACUUUAAACCCUGGAAAAAGCAAUUCAGGAUGGACACCGUUCACUCAAGCCGCGGCUGCCAAGCAACAGUAUCCAAGUCAACCGCCGUCUCCAAACCGAUCCGGUGAAAUUAUGAAAUUUGGUUUCCCCGACUACGGGCAAAUUCAGAUGCACGAUAACUAUGUGAUCUCGUACGACAGGAGAAUGAGAAACGCCAAAUGGGUCUUUGAAUGCUUAACACGAGACGAGGUGAAAUACAACGACGCCAUUGAUAGGACAAACUGUCAGUUUGAGGUGGACCAAUCGGUGCAUCCGUUCUUCCGGUCCACCAAUGAGGACUACAGAGGGAGUGGCUAUGACAGGGGUCACCUAGCGGCAGCAGGCAAUCACAGACGAUCCGACGGGGUCAUGCAACAGACUUUUUUACUCAGUAAUGUUUCUCCUCAGGUUGGCGACGGUUUCAACCGCGGCAUUUGGAACAAUCUGGAGAAGUACGUCCGGGGCUUGACGAAGGUGUACACCAGGGUGUAUGUUUGCACAGGACCCUUAUACCUACCACACUGGGAGUCCAACCGAAGGCAAUAUGUCAAGUACGAGGUCAUCGGUACCAACUCUGUAGCGGUUCCGACUCACUUCUUCAAAGUCGUACUCGGAGAAACAAAGAACCAAUCCUACGACCUGCGAGCGUUCGUCGUGCCAAACAAGGCCACGUCAGACGACACGCCUUUGAAGAAUUUCCUCGUCCCGAUUGACGUGAUAGAAAGAGCGGCAGGGAUACUAUUGUUUGAACGUCUGCCGAAGAGCCUGUUACGUUCUGUGAAUGCACCAUUGUGAUUGAAAUAUUAUUACAAGGUGUUAACACUACGGGCUCCGUGCACAAGUACCCCCUCAACGGUUACAAAUCGAGAGUUGGGGUUCACUUGUACCCCCCGCCCUGCAAACAGGAUGCUGGGAUACUCUGAUGAGCUCCACAGAAUCUUGUAAAGGAAGUGACCUAUGACCUACAUGUAUGUAUAAAGCAUCUGGCUGCAGCUGUUCAAGACCGCAGUUAGACAAUGUGCGCAAAU